GCCACGCUUCUUCUUCUCCUCCUCCUUCCUCCUCCAGCUCUCCGUCGACCGGGAUGUGGCGUUCGGCCGCGCUGCUCCUCUCGGGAAUCUCGGCGUUGAUCCAAGUGUCUUCAGGCGGUCCUCACCAGAGAAACCUGCUCAAGAACCUGCUGAAGGACUACAACCGCAUGGAGCGCCCCGUGGGCAACGACUCGCACCCGCUGACCGUCACCUUCUCGCUCAGUUUGAUCCAGAUCAUGGACGUGGACGAGAAGAACCAGGUGCUGACCUCCAACAUGUGGCUGCGGAUGAGCUGGUUCGACCACUACCUCCAGUGGAACCAGAGCGAACACCCGGGCGUGAGAAACCUCCGCUUCACCACCGAGCAGAUCUGGACGCCCGACAUUCUGCUGUACAACAGUGCAGACGACGACUUCGACUCCACCUUCAAGACCAACGUCCUGGUCAACUCCAGCGGCUUUGCGGAAUACUUGCCCCCAGGCAUCUUCAUGAGCACGUGCAACGUGGACGUGCGCUGGUUCCCUUUCGACGUCCAGAAGUGCCUCCUGAAGUUCGGCUCGUGGACGCACGACGGCUGGCUGCUGGACCUCCAGAUGACCGACGCCGACGUCUCGGGCUACAUGCCCAACGGCGAGUGGGACCUCAUCGGCGUGCCCGGCGCCCGCAACGAGGUUUUCUACGACUGCUGCAAGGAGCCGUACCCGGACGUGACCUUCGUGGUGACCAUUCGGCGCCGGACGCUCUACUACGCCCUCAACCUGCUCAUCCCCUGCAUGCUCCUGUCCUCCAUGACGCUCCUCAUCUUCGUGCUGCCUGCAGACUCCGGAGAGAAGAUCUCAUUGGGGAUUACCGUCUUGCUGUCGCUGACUGUGUUCAUGUUGCUGGUGGCCGAGAUCAUGCCGGCUACGUCCGACUCGGUCCCACUUAUAGGUCAGUACUUUGCUAGUAUAAUGAUCAUCGUGGGAAUGUCCGUCAUCGCCACCGUGGUGGUCCUGCAGUACCACCACCAUGACCCCAACGGAGGGAACAUGCCUAAAUGGGUGAAGCUGGUCCUCCUCCAGUGGGUGGCGUGGUUCCUGCGGAUGAAGCGCCCCGGGGAGCCGGAGAAGCCCGGGAGGUCCCCCUGCGCCCCCCACCUGCGCCGCUGCUCCUCAGGCUCCCACAGCGGGAGCAUCCCCACCCACGGCGAUCCGGCCCUGCACCCCCUGCACCCGCAGAACCUGGCCCCCCUGCACCAAGCCCACCUCCACGCCAAGUCCAGCGCCAACAACAACGGGAACCUGCUCUACUUGCAGGGGAUGGAGGACCCGUCGUUGCUGUCCGACGCCACCCAGAGGUGCAACAACAUCCCCGCGGGGUCCCGCAGCCCGCCCCCGCCCCUGCCGCCCCACCUCUGCGGCUCCCCGCCAAACCUGGACGGCGCGGGCUGCCCCAGCGCGAUCUCCAGCGGCUUCGGAGCUGGCGGGGGCGCCGGCCCGACCCACGGGGACCCGCUGCUUCAGGCCAUCCUGGAGGAGGUGCGCUACGUGGCGGACCGAUUCCGCGAGCAGGACGAGGCGGAGCGCGUUGCCGACCAGUGGAAGUUCGCGGGCGCCGUCAUCGAUCGCCUGUGCCUGGUGGCGUUCAGCGUCUUCAACAUCAUCUGCACCAUAUCCAUCCUCAUGUCGGCGCCCAACUUCGCCGACGCAAUCUCGAAGGACUUUGUCUGAAAAGCCGCGCGGGGGAACGAAGCGGAUGAGGGGCAAUUAAGGUAUCCAGCCGGAAAAUGUGUGGAUUUCUUUGCCCGACACUGUCUGAACUUGGAGACAAAGCUUUCCGGGUUGUUAUGAAAGAUCAACACUCCGACAGAGGCGUGACGCCGUCUGUGUGAAAUGGAACUGCGAGAAACCAGGAUGAGGUUGUGAAAGGCCACAGCGGCAAGCCGUGCCUGCCUUAGCUGCUGAGUUCUGUGCAAAAAGUGGGUGAAAGCUGUUAAGGAUCACACACGGGGAUAUUUUCCACCUCUAAUCCUUCGGUCAGUUUUUUUUUUUUUUUGUAUAAACAGCUCUGACAUGGGAUGAGGGGACAAAAAAAGAAUUAGCUGUGCUCCGUGUAAAGCCUGCUACUCCUGCUGCACCACCUUUAUUCCUUCAGUCACUGUUCUCUAAAAACCAGCACCGACGUGGAAUGGGGGAAUGGAAAAAGAAACCUGACCUGCCUUUGCUGUGUUCCGUGUAAAAGCCGAUUCCCGGCUCUUUUGCAGAAUCUCUGUGUGAAAUGAGGUUAAGUCGACAGCGGUCGGACCGAAAUAUGUACGCUUUGCUCGGAUCUGUGUGAAAAAGCAAAAGGGGUAGAAAAGGCCCCGUUAAUUUACUUUGAUGACUCGGCUGCAACAACUUGGCAGGGUCUCUGCGUGAAAGAGGUUUCAAGCUCAUUAGACUGACACAGGUUAGUUCUGUGUGAAAGGCAAAAGCAGCUAAACCUCGGCCCGUUACAGCGCCAAUACGCCUAUUUUUCACAAUCUUUGUGGAAAAAUAAAAGCUCCGGUGAUAAGAAAAACUCCUUGGAGAACAAAGAGAAGGACAUGCAGAUUUUAUUUUUUUUGAAGAGCAGCGGAGAAAACACUUAACGAAGGUAGCGCUUCAACCCUCGACGUGUAACGACCGCCACAUUAAAAAGUCCCCCCGUCGUCUUUUGAGCGUGACUAAUCGGCUUUGAAAAGCCGACCCGGGACCUUUUACUUUUCCGAGGGCCGCAUUAGCCCCGCGGCUAAUAACGCCUCCCCAAAAUGGUUUCAAUGGUUGAUCGCAGACCAGCAGGAAAGGUCCCCGCAAUCAAUCGGCACCUUUUAUUCAAUGCGAGUCUUAAAACGCUCAUCAUUUCUAUACGACCACCAUUUGAUAUUUGAAUUGGCAAUUUAAUUUAGCAAAUGGUACAGUCCAAUGAUUCUGGAUCUUACUCUACGUGAAACAGGAAGUAGCUUCACUAGCUCCAGUCUUUCACGUUUUGUCAGGGGAAUUUGUGUCACAACGGAACAUACAAAAAAAUAAAAAUGUCCUCUUACAAGCCAGGUAGUAACCUCCUAGCUAAUAAAUGAACAAAAACACGACUUUUGUGAAACUUUCCGCAUUUGUUUUGAUGAAUUUUGCACCUUCCACGGCCCAAAAAAGAAAAAUCUGCCAAUGAGUUUUUUCGCAGGCCACAUUUUACUUACGGGUUCCCCUCGGAGGACCGUAAUGACCGUGAAACCAUAAAAAUCUUUAACCGCCUCAACAUAUUUACGUGUGAAAAUUUUGAACUCGUUUUGGAAUGACAAAUCUAGAGCAACGUACGCCGUGGCUGUGUAAAAGCCGCAAGUGCCCACAUUGAAACAAGAGAUAUUUACAAAGACGGUACAAAGAGAGUGUAACACUAACGCUAGCGCCGUGCUAACAGGGCCGGUUAAAAACAACAAAAAAAAAAAACAUACCAGUAAAAAAAAAAAAAAAAAAAAAAAAAAAAAAACCGGCAGUAACACGCUGGCGGAGCGUUAGCAGGGCCGGCCCGGUAAAAGUCACUCCCUCGACACAUAUAUUCCAGUGGUUUCACUCUUACCUUUCCCGCUUGAGUGCCCCCUUGCAGACGUUGGGGGGAAAAAAAAAAAAAAGCACAAAUUAGCCGCAUCGCCGCAUAAACCGCGGGGUUGAAACCGUGUGAAAAAAGUCAAGGCGUUUAGGCCGGAAAUUACGGUAUUGUUGAUUUUUUUGGACAAAAAUGCUUGUAAUAUCUCAACGUUAUCAUUUAUGAUAUGACAAUUUGAAAUUUUGGUACAGAUUUGAACAAAAAUCAUGGAAGUCGAAACAUAGAAUUUGCUUUCACGGGCCACAUAAAAUAUGGCCAUAUCUGGCCCCCGGGCAUUGAGUUUGACACCUGUGUCUUACAACUUCCUCUGCCAACCAGGAAGUAGCUUGCUAGCUAGCAAAACGGACGGCUAAACAAACUGAAAAUACCACACUGCUUGAUUCCUUAAACGUUUCCAUUUAUGUUCUAUAUAUUUUGCAUUGGGGGUUUAAUUCACGAAUGGUACAUUCCAAACUCUUCUGCUACAUUCAAGAGCUAACAAAAAAAAAUCAAAAAACGUUUUGACCUUAUCUAGCAUCUCUUGUGUUGGCUUUGUUUUUGCCCGGUGAUUUUGUCUUUUCAAGAGGCGGGGCCCAUCAAUGAGAUAUGAAAUGCAGCUAGGGCCUCAAUGGAACAUUCGGGAGAGGCGGCGGGGCUGGGAUCAAACC